CGCCGCGGUCACGUGGACGGGCCGGCGCGCCCCGAGCUGGCCAUGGCGGCCGCGGUGUCCGGUGUGGUGAGGCGGGUGGAAGAGCUCGGGGACCUGGCACAGGCCCACAUACAGCACCUUAGCGAAGCCGCGGGGGAAGACGAUCACUUUUUAAUUCGGGCCUCUGCAGCUCUAGAAAAAUUGAAACUCUUGUGUGGAGAAGAGCAAGAAUGUUCAAAUCCAUCAAAUCUUUUGGAACUGUACACACAGGCCAUAUUAGACAUGACAUAUUUUGAGGAGAAUAAGCUAGUAGAUGAAGAUUUUCCUGAAGACUCUUCUCCCCAGAAAGUAAAAGAGCUUCUCAGUUUUCUUUCAGAACCAGAAAUUUUAGUUAAAGAAAACAAUAUGCAUCCCAAGCUGUGCGAUUUGCUUGGGGAUGAGCUACUGGAAUGCCUCUCUUGGAGACGAGGAGCCCUGUUAUAUAUGUACUGUCACUCUCUAACUAAGAGAAGGGAGUGGCUCCUGAGAAAAUCUAACUUGCUCCAGAAGUACCUUGUUGAUGGGAUCAAUUACUUGCUGCAGAUGCUAAAUUAUCGAUGCCCUAUCCAGUUAAAUGAAGGUGUUUCUUUCCAAGACCUAGACACAGCUAAAUUACUGAGUACAGGAAUAUUUAGUGAUAUUCAUGUGCUGGCUAUGAUGUACAGCGGAGAAAUGUGCUACUGGGGAUUAAAGCAUUGCACAGAUCUACAGUCAGAAAAUAAUGAAGUUGAUACUGAUGUUUUUGGAGCAAGUUGCACCACACACAAAGAGCCUUUGGAUUUCCGAGAAGUAGGAGAAAAAAUUUUGAAGAAGUAUGUGUCGGUGUGUGAAGGACCUCUGAAAGAGCAGGAGUGGAACACUGCGAAUGCUAAGCAGAUCCUGAGCUUCUUUCAGCAGCGCUGUAGCUAGGUGUUCAUCUGUCCUCACUGCUUGGAAGAAGAUGGGUGAGAUGGAAAAGAAGGCUUCAGGAGAGGCGAUGUCUACACUGAUCCUAAGUAUAUACACUACGUAGAGAUGCCCAGCAUGGCUACCCUUCUCUAAUGCUAUCACCAUUCAUUGUAUAGUCCUAAAUCUGUGAAAAAGUAGUCUUUCCUUUCUGAAAUAGCAUAUAUGUUAUUCUAACUGAACUGAACUGCAUACAAUCCUGCCACUGGUGAGGAGGACCCCAGUUAUAUUUCACUGUGGUAAAAUAUAUGUAACACAAAUCUGCAUACUUCAAAGAUGAAAAUCAGUUUUCUCCUUGUUUCAGAUAUAUAGAUCAGUAUAAAUGUAGGCAAUUAAAAGAUUAAACUAUAUUUAGAUUUCAUUUCCAGUAAUCUAAAUGGCAAAAGAUUUUAGGAAUGAACCAUUGUAUUUAUUUUGCCAUGUAUUACUAAUACUUAAAUUAUUGACUUAGCUACUUUAUAAAUUAUUUUUCUUAUUUUGUUUAAAACAAAAACUGCAUGGUUUCUCCAAUAAUGAAGAUAAAAAUCAGUGUAAAUGAUUCUAUCAGUUCAGAUGCUUUUAGGGCACAUCUUUGCAUAUAAUGAACUUUACAUAUGUUUUGCCUUUAUUAGGAUUGAAAUGCUGAUGGUCAGAGAGCCUAGUUUGCUGUCUUGCUCACCAACUUUCUGCCUACCUCAACUUCUGUUGUCUUGGGAUAGUCUGUAUGAUGAUCCCUUCUGAUACACUAGACUUCUGUCCCAAUGACAUCUUUACAUUCCAGUAAUUUCUGCUCCUGCACCUUGUGCAUUAGCCAUACUCAGUUUCUCUUUCUAAAAUCUUAAGUUUCAGUAACUGAUAACAAUUCUCCGCUUUUCAGCUUUUAAAAUUUCCUUGUUUUUAUUGGUUUCUCUCUAUUUUUAUUCUACAGCUUUUAUCCUUUUUACAGGUUUCUUUCUUGACUGUUCUUCUGACUCUUAGUGAGCCUCUUUCAUGCUUUCUUUGCCCUGCAUUUCAUGGGACGUCAUCUGAACUACUCUCCCCCAUUGUUUCCUCUUCUGUCUUAGCUGGCUUUCAACACUGUAUUAAUCCUCCAUCAGCUGUUUAUUCUUAGGAGACUUAGUUAUGUGGAAGACAUGUAGUCUUUCAGAGUGUGUUUCUACAUGCGUGACUUCACUUAGAAGAACGUUGACUGUAAGCAACGAAGGUGCCUGUUCUUCCCCCCUGUGGUAGAGUCAAAUUCAUUAGUCACCUCUACUGUUGUUCUUUUAAAUUCUGAAGGGGUCAACUUAUAUUUACUCAUUUUUCUGUUUUAAAGAAAAAUAGGUUGCCUAUUUUUUGAUGACCAGUCUUUUCUAGUUCCUUGUUUUCUUGUUGUUUCUCACUUUCUGUCUUCAUGUAAGUUCUGUUCUUCUUUCUCUUUCUUGCUUUUUACUCCAAAUGCUCAUGCUAAAGAAUAUCUUUCACAGCCGUUUGGCUUGCAGUGCCCAUAAUAUCAGGCUGAUUUCCCUGCCAGGAACUUGAGCCCCAGUCUCCUUGCUUCCUCUGAAGUUUAUUUCUAACUGCCUAUUAAAUACUGACUGCACAGUAAUUUUAAGUUCAGUAUGAGCAAAAGACAGAUACUUCAUUUUUAAUGGAAAAUCUUCUCUGCUUCACCCCUCCCCCCACAGUUUUGUGUAGUUUUUCAGGAAGAGAAACAGAAGGUUUACCUUCCCAGCCUCAUUUCUAUACUCACUCUGAUUUGUCUUCUAGAUCAACAUUUUUUCAAACAUCAAAAUUACAGGCUCCUUUUUGAUUAACAAAAUUCUGAAUAGGCAAUGGUAGCUAGGGGAGAUUCCUCCAUCCCUGCUUCAACUCCUGGCAUAUCUUUAUAAAACCAAGAUUUUUAUGUUUCCUAACAUUUUAGCAAGUUUUAUUAUGAAAAUACUUUGGCUUUCUAAAAUUAAAUAAUCUUUAAUGUGAUUUUUAGAAGCACAGACUUUUUCAGUGGGUCAUAGUCAAUUAAUCAAGUUCUUCCAGUACUUUCCCAAUGCACUUAUGUGUUUCAGCCUCAGUACCUUUGUAGACACCAUUAUUUCCAGGCCUUUCUUUGUGGUCAGGUAAAUAAUUUACUUGUAUGAUGUACUUUUAGUAAUACUGUGUCCAGAGGCUGUUUUCAGCCCUGUCCAAUAGAAAUUAGAUAUUCCUUCAUAUUUUCUGUCUUCCUUUUCCCACAUUACCACAGCACAAUGUGUUGUAAUUAUUUUUCUUACUAUUAAAUGAACUCCAUAUCUUAAAAUUUUACCUUUGCACAUACUGUUCAUUGCAUGGUAGGUAGUUAUGUUUUUUGAAUUAAUGAGGCAUGAUUUGAAAUGCCAAAUUUUGCACAAAAGCGUUGCUGCUAUUGCAUUCCAAACUGCCAUGCCCUCUAUACCAGUGGUUCAUACAUCAAAAAGGAAAAUAUAUUCCUCAGAAGAGUAAAGUGUUACUUGGAUACUAAACCUGAGAAAACAAGACCUUGUCUUCAGAAGCUGAGAACUUCAUGUUUUGCCUUUAUUACCUUUGUGGACUCACUGGUUGGUACAAUUAUGAGGGUAUUCUUGGGUGCUUUUGUAUAAUUUACUCCCUCCCCAAACAAUUGGAGAACAAUUUGUAGACCAUAAUAGUUGCAGUACUUUUUACUGUGGUAUUAUAAAUGAACAACACAUUUUGUAUUCAUUUAAUCUUGAUGCGUAAAUUCUUUUAUGUAGAAUGAAGUAACCUCAAAAUACCAAAUAUUCCACAUAUGGACAAUAGUUAAGCCUCCAAUCGAUUUUUUUCAACAACUGUUGUAUGCCUACUACAUGCCAUGUCUUGUCUAGGCACCAAGGAUAUAGCUUUGGAAACACUAUCAUCCAUCAGUGGAUGAGGAAUAUACAGCAUGUCAAGGGAUAAUGCUAUUGAGCAUGAUGUAGGGUGUAAGGGACAAGUGUGACUUGGAGAUGGGUGCUGUUUAUUUAGAGUGAUGAGAACGGCACAUCUAAGCACCUGUCUUCAAUUUCCAUCCUGUUAUUUAGAUACCUUGUAUAUUCAGUACUCUCAAAGAUUUUCUUAGGGAAGUCACCCCCUACAACCUUCUCACUUUUGCUGCAUUGAAUGGACUUCUUUUUUUUUUUUUUGUUUGUUUUUCGAGACAGGGUUUCUCUAUAGCUUUGGAGCCUUUCCUGGAACUCCCUUUGUAGACCAGGCUGGCCUCGAACUCACAGAGAUCCUCCUGCCUCUGCCUCCCAAGUGCUGGGAUUAAAGGCGUGCGCCACCACCGCCCGGCUUGAAUGGACUUCUUAUCAGUGGCAUUCCUAAUGUCUACUGCCUAAAGGCCUUGGCAUUUUAUUCAUUCCAAGUAGUUCCCUACUCCCUUCCAGUUCCCUUUUCUGUCUUCUGUAAGGUUCCUAUAUCUGUCCACAGAAGCCAAACUCUGUAGUUUCUUUAAUAUCACUUCCCUAUAUAUUUAAAACACAAUAUGAGGUAACAUAGUUUGGGAAUAUUACAUUAAGAGGUACUUAAUAUGUCACAAUUAAUGUAUACAUUAUAUAUUCAUGCUGAUGUUCAGUGGGUUUUGUUUUCCUACUUCUAGUGAAAAAUCACUUUAUCUUUAGUUGGAAUUCGCUGCUGUUUACUAAGAUGUAAAAUGUUAUAGAUUUUCCCACAAUCCUUAAAUGUUUAUCCUUAAAUGUAUGAAUUUUCUGAUAUGGAUCGGGCUGUGAGACUUGAAUGUGAGUUUGAGUCCAGCCUGGUCUACAAAGGAAGUUUCAGGACAGCUAGGGCUAUUACACAGAAACCCUGUGUCAUAAAACAAAAACAACAACAACAAAAAGACUAAGAGACUGUCUCUUACUAUGUUUAUAGGCUUUUUGGCUACUGUGUAUUAUUUGGUGUUAAGGCACAUAUGGCAUUCCCUUGUCUUUUGCAUACAGUAGAGUGAGGUAAGAGUCAUGACUAAAAGCCCACCAUAAAGUUACAUUCCUAGUGUUACAGCCUUGCCGUCAGUGCUCUGAUCUUCAUCAAAAUGUAUGAGCUGUGUGUGAAGUUGUUGUCUGACUUAUCUUCAUGACACUUUAAAAACCCACUGCUACUAACAUGGUCUACUUUAGAUUGCUUGUAUCCUUGGUCCAUCUUUUAGGGUCCCUUUUGUAACUAUGAGGAUAACCCAUCUGCCACAGAAUCCAGGAUUCCAUAGUUCUCUAGUAUUACUUAUCCUGAGUUCUUUUAAUAUAAAAUGAAAUACAUUAUGGAAGUAUUAUAUUAACAUAAGCUUAAUAUAGCCGGAAUUAAAAGUAUUCAUUAUAUACUUAUGCUGGUGUUGAGUAGUUUUGUUUUUGCAACUUUUAGUGACAUUUUCCAACUACAGUGUUUUGGAACAUGAUUAAUAAAAUAAAACCACAUUCCUGUACUUGUUUCUUGUUUUGUUUUAUAUUUUAUUCUUGCAUCAGAAUAAAAACAUUUCCUCUCA